CUCAACAUUUUGACACGUCCACAACUAAGGCAAUGCUGCAGUAGAGGCUCAGAAUGUUUGAAGCUUUCAUUGUUUUCCUUCACUUCAGUGGUUAUGGUGUAGUAGGCUAUAUAGGUUAUGUCUAGUUGCAUUGUAGGUUUUCUCUCAGCACUCUUUGUGAGUAGCAAAGUCCACAGAUGAGGUUGGAGAUAGCCUACGUGCUGCGUAACUGCUAACAAGUAACGAUUAUAAUCAGCCUUCACAGAGAACAGACGCAGACGGGAACUGUCGAGCUUGUGUGGACCGCAGACACCGCCGAAAACAUGCUGAGGAAAUCUCUGGUAAACAUCGGAUUGCGAGUGAACUGUCAACAAAAUAAAGGCAUCCAGAGAGUGACGACGGGAUGGAAUCCAGUAAAUUAUGGAGGGAUCCACCGCCGCGACGCAUCCUCUUCCACCACCACCGUGAUGGGAGACAACACCAAACCAAAAACUAUGGAUGAACUGGGCGGACCAAGUUUCAUGACAACAUUAUACUGGCUUUUUGUAAAAGGUUACUUCAAAACGACGCAACAAAUGCAAAUAGAGCACAGCAAGAUCUACGGUCCCCUGUGGAAGUCCACAUACGGCCCUCUGGUCGUGAUCAACGUGGCCAGCGCCGAGCUGAUAGAGCAGGUGUUGAGGCAGGAGGGGAGACACCCGGUCCGGACAGAUAUGCCGCACUGGAGGAGCUACAGAGAGCUCAGGAACCAGGCCCAUGGACCCCUGACAGAGAUGGGGGCUAAGUGGCAGCGCAUCCGUAGCAUCCUGAACCCUCGGAUGCUGAAGCCCAAACAUGUCUCCUCCUACACCAACACCAUCAAUGAGGUGGUGACAGACUUCAUCUACAGAGUGGCUUGGCUGAGGCAAACCAGCGGCGGGGGAGUUAUGGUCAACAACCUGACUGAAGAACUCUACAAAUUUGCUUUUGAAGGGAUCUGUUCUGUGUUGUUUGAGACUCGUAUGGGCUGCAUGAACGAGGUGGUGCCCGAGGAAACCCAAAAGUUCAUCUUCUCCGUGGGGGAAAUGUUCAGGCUCUCCCCCAUCAUCGUCCUCUUCCCCAAGUCUGUCUGGCCCUACAUGCCUUUCUGGAAUCAGUUUGUGGCAGCCUGGGAUCAUCUCUUCAAAGUUGCUGAGGAACUGGUGCAGAAAAAAAUGGAGGAGAUCCAGGAGAAGGUGCACUUGGACCAGAAUGUGGAGGGAGCAUACCUCACACACUUGCUGCUCAGCGAUAAGAUGACCGUCACUGAGAUCCUGGGCAGCAUAACGGAACUACUGCUGGCAGGAGUCGACACAACCUCCAACACUAUCUCAUGGUCUCUGUACCAUUUGGCAAAGGAGCCAGAGAUACAAGAACAGUUAUACCAGGAAGUGAUAAGUGUUUGCCCUGGAGACAAAGUGCCAACCAGCGAUGACAUUGCUCAAAUGCCGUACCUGAAGGCCAUCAUCAGGGAAACACUACGGCUUUAUCCAGUGGUACCAGGAAAUGCCCGUCUCACUGUUGAGAAUGAGAUUGUGGUGGGAGAUCACCUCUUUCCCAAAAGGACGCUGUUCCACCUCUGCCACUACGCUGUGUCCUAUGAUGAGAAUAUUUUCCCCGAGCCUAACACCUUCCUGCCACAGCGCUGGCUACGGGGAGCGGAGGAAAAAUCCAAGCAGCACCCAUUUGGGUCAGUGCCGUUCGGUUUUGGUAUCCGGGCGUGCCUGGGCAGGCGGGUGGCUGAGCUGGAGAUGUAUCUCCUCUUGUCCAGGUUGAUAAAGCACUACGAGGUGAGGCCGGAUCCUGCUGGAACCACAGUCGAGCCGAUCACCAGAACCCUGCUUUGCCCUGCUAAGCCAAUCAACCUGCAGUUCCUGGACAGAAGAGUCCAGUAGGAGGAGCCGAGAGCAGCGGCAGGAGUUUCUCUGUGAGCUGUUUUAAUAUUCACACUGCGUUACCUUCCUGUCAACAAGCACUUGUUUAUAGAGCGUCCACAUCUUGAGGACUGGCUGGAAUGCUCUGAGACUGUGGCAUAAAAUACAAGCUGAUUGAAGAAGUAGUAACAGCACAGAGUAUAAUGCAGUAUGUAUAGUUUUUUCAUGUAAAUAUCAAUACUUUAACCUACAAAGACUGUUUUUCUCUGAGGAAUCAUUUAGUUUCAGUUCCAUUAAUGCCAUGUAUUUUCUCAGUUGUUUGGGCUGUCGGCUUGCAGCAGGAAGUGUUCUGGCUGCAGACAUGAGUAGGACUGACUGGAUCCUUUCUGUGUGGAGUUUGCAUGUUCUCCUCAAGUUCAUGUGGAUUUUCAAAAGAAAUACUAGAGUACUCCCGCUGCUAGCCUUACAGAAUAAGGCUUCCGAUACUUUUAUUAUUAAUUCUGGGGGGUUAAAAAAACCCAUGAAAAGACCAAAACCGACAAUGUGUUAGUCCGUCCACA